AUGGAAGGAUCCUCUAACCUGAACAACGGCCCAAACAACUUCUGUAGUGUGUACGAUGAGAAUAUCAUUCUGAAUAGUGUUCGUAAUAGGAAGAAGGUGUCGGAGCAAGCGAACUGUCCAGUGUGUAGCUGUACUAUACGCCAAGGGGAAUUGGAGUCGCAUCUCGCAUUGGAAGUCGAGAGGCUGCAAAAAUUAUCCAGCGGCAGUUCUAAGCGGAAGCUAAGUUCCAACAGCCCCUCCUCGAGCUCCACUCUAGUCUUACCGGGUUCCAGCACGAAUGUGGACCCUCAGAAUGAUCAAGAUGUUGAUGUUUCGGGUUGCUUAGGGAGUGAUGUCUAUCAGCGCGUGCAUACCAACCGUCUGCGUCGGCUCCGGGCCAGGAGACGUCUUACCCCACCGCCACAGACCGGCGAGUGUCCAGUGUGCAACGCCUCCCUGCCAGUCUCGAGGCUGCAGAGGCACGCGCUGAGAUGCCUCAAGCGGACGGGGGCGGAGAUGGACGAGGACGUUCCCGACACCAGCUCGGAGGAGGGCAGCAUAGAUGUGGAAAAUGACGAGCCGUCGGGCGCCGGCUUCGGGGCUGAAUACCAGUGGUGUGGAGAAUGGAGGGUCAGGGCUGCUGCCCUGCAGGCGGCUGAGGGCAGGGUUGCCACUUGCGUGCGCAGGGCGUCCAUAGACCAGGCGCUGGUCGUCGAUGGGGACGAAGACACCGAGCUUUACGGGCCCCCACAGUACUCGCCAUCGAGAAUCGCUCCCGAUGCAGACGAACCGAUUGCCGAUGACGCGGAAACAGAAGCACCGGCCAAUCUAAAUCAAAGCCAGGAUAGCGGAGGUUUGCAUUCAUGCCAGCCUAAGCCCAAUGGACUUGUGGAGGCGAGUGCUGAGACACGGAUACAAGCCCUCAAAGCGAAGAUCAGGGACUUGGAGUGCCGACAGAAUUCUGCUUUGGAGGCGAAAUGUCUAAUCUGUUUGGGCCCGUAUACGUCGCCCGCAGUUUCAAUACAAUGCUGGCAUGUUUACUGUGAGGUAUGCUGGCUGCAAUCGCUGAAAGCAAAGAAGAUCUGUCCACAGUGCAACGCAAUAACGAGCGCACAACACCUCAGGAGAAUAUAUAUG